AUGGCGACCCCGUGGAGUGCCGAAGAGGCGCAGGCGCCGAACGUGACGCCUGUCUGUGUGCCGCAGCCCGCCUGGCGCCCGUGGAAGUGGGGCGGCGACGGCGCUCAUGCGAGGGCGAAGAAGACCAGAGACGCGGCGGCGCGCAGAAUGUCGCGUCCUGCGGCGUCGGAAGGCCCACGGAGCUCCUCUUGGAGCCGCCAAGAAGGCGAACGAGGAGACGAGCCGCUGCCGGCGGGGAGUCAAGAAAGAGAAGAAAGUCCUGAAAGGCAAGAGCGAGGACUCAGGCCCUCUGUGCCCAGGCGUGGCACCCCCGCGUCGGCCGGAGUUGUGCCGCUGCCAGUCGCUGCCGAAGCGCCUCCAUCCACCUGUUUCUCGUCUGCCGCCUCGGGGGACACCGCCUCGCGUGUCCAGCCUGCAGAGGGCGUCGCGGCAUCUCUCUCUCCGCCUCCUCGGCACGGUUUUUCCCGUUCAGUUUCUCCCGGCGCGUCUUCUUCAAGUCCUCUGUCGGCGCCAGCGUCCUAUUCUUCUCCCCGCGGAGACGGGUCUCUCCCUGCGUCUGCAGCGCGGUCGCCUCCCGCGUGCGCGGGCGGUGACGGCGAGGAGCUCUCGGCUCCCGCGCAAGAGCGAAGAGGACGAGACGCCGCGAGGAAGGUGCUGGCCUUGCGCCCACGGGACGCGGGCCUCUUAACCCGCGCGGUCUCCGUCGCCUCCACCUCUGCGCUCGCGUCCGACGCUCCUGGCAAAUUGGGGACUGUGCCUGCUGUCUCUCCCCCUCCAUCGAGCGAGACUCGAGAGGCCUCUCGACGAGCGACGGCCGCGGGUGGAGUCGAGAAAGCGAUAAGCACCCGAUUCGAAGAAGAGCGAAUCGAGCGAACAAAGAGCGGGGCGACAGCAGAGGACCCGCCAGGAUCGCGAGAACUUGCGCAUUCGUCUUCACAUUCCUCCUCUCUGUCAAGCGAAGGGGGCUCGCCUUUCGCCGCCUCGUCCUCUUUCUCUCUCCGUAUCUCCGCUCCUUCCGCUGUCCGUCCCGCCGCCUCUGAGCCGAGUUCCGUUCCUUCAGUUUCCUCUAGUUCAUUGUCUGCCUCCUCGCUUUCGCGUUGUCGUGCGUCUGGCGGUGCUUUGUUUCAUCGAGACCCUCCUCGGUCUCCGGGCUCUUCUUCGUCUGCUACUUGUGCUUAUCGCACGUCGCUGAGCGACGUCGAGCGUCUGCCGCCACUCAUCCUUCAGUCUCUCGCGUGCGAGUUUCUGUCGCUGUUUGAGGCCGCGCGUUUGGCACGUUGCAGCCGCAGUCUGCUGCGCUCUGCGCAAGCGCAAGCCUGGGUUCGACGUCAUCUCAAGGACGGAGCCCUGCAUGCGCGGCCCAAUUUCCCUCCGCUGUCUCCCCUGCAGCCUCCGCCGCCGCUGCCUUCCUCGCUUCGUCGCCCUUCACCCUCUUCUGCGUCGCCUGCUUCCUUCGCCUCGACUUCCUCGUCUUCCGCGCCUUCCUCUUCUGCGCACUGUUCCUGUCGGCGGUGCGCGUGCUGCGGCGAAGGGCCUUUCUGCGGGGGCGACCGAGAGAUCCGCCGGCGCCGGCGCCGAGUCUGGCUGCUCGCCCACGGGCGGCUCGACCGCCUAGGGCUCCAGAUCGCCCGCGAGCUGCAGUGGGCCUCCGCGCUGGGCUCCACCUCGGGCGCGGCGCAGCGCGGGAAGCGUCGGGAGAGAGAAGGAGAAACCGCUUGCGUGGAAAGGCCGCGGGAGGGGAGAGAGCCGCAGGACAAAGAGGGAUGUCUGCGAGAGUCAGGUCGUGUUGGGGAAGGGCGCGCGCGAGACGCCUCAGGGCCGCCUGAGCCGGCGGACUGUCUCGAGGAGCGAUUUCGAAUCCGAAUCGACCGGCGCGUCGCUAAACGACGAGAUAGUCUUAGCGAGACGGCGGAGGCAAGGGAGGGGGAGUCGAGGCGUGUCUGUGGCGACGGAUGCAAGGCAGGUGUCGCCGCAGCUGCUGCGCAGGCAUCCGCGUUUCUCUAUCCGAGAGUCUUCAUGCCCGCGGCCGCCUUCAACAUCUCCGCCCCUCUGUCUACCGCGAGGCGAAAGGCACUCGCGCUGCGCGCUGGCGAAGCAAAUCGCACAAGCUCGCCUGCCUCGUUGUCUUCGAGUUUUUCAGCGUUUCUGGAGGCGUUUGCCUCAGGCGCGGAGCGAUUCUCUCCCGCAGAGGGCGAGGCGGGCGACUCAGACCCGCGGCUUCCAGACGAUGACGAAGAAAACGAGGAACUCCUUCCCUGGCCCUGCCGAGAGGUUUUCGAGUUUCUUCUCACCUGUCGACUCGAUGAAUCGCGCGUGGACGAAAUUCGGCGGGACGUGCCGCGCACGUUUCCUCACCACCCUUAUUUCCGCCGGCGAGAAGGUCAAGCCAAGCUCUACGCAGUUCUGCAUGCGCAUGCAAGUCUCUGUCCCUCGACCGGCUACUGUCAAGGCAUGAACUUCCUCGCCGGCGCCCUGCUCAUCUUCACGGGAAGCGCCUUGUGCGCGUUUUGGGCGCUCGUCGUGAUGCUGCGGUGUCUGGACUUCCAGCUGCUCUUCGCCUCCGGAGUUCCUCUCCUCCACGCUCGCGUGUUUCAGUUCAACACGAUUCUCACGCAGCAUCUCCCGAGGCUCGCGCGCCACCUGCUCGCGCAUUCCCUCUCGGUGAACUUCUUUGCGCACCAAUGGCUGAUGACCUGCUUCUCUUACCACGUUGACCUCGCGACGGUCGCUUGCAUCUGGGAUGCGUUUUUUCUCCAAGGCUGGAAGGGCCUCUUCCGGGCGGCUGUCACCCUCCUCGCUCGACUCGAGCCCGCGAUUCUGCAGCGCUCAAGCACCGACGAGAUCCUCGCCGUCGCGCGGGUCAGUGAGCAUCGACGCAGGGCGAGCGGUCACUGUUCCGCCUGCGUGCGCAUGAGACAGGCCGAAGGGAGGCGGAAUCUCUCGUCCUCUUCUCCCGCGAGCCUGUCCUCGGCUGCUUCUCUCUCAGGCUCCCCUGUGGGAUCGUCGCGCAGCCCGUCUUUUUCUUCUGUCACUUCUUCCUCUCAGGCUGCUCAUGCCUCCGCCGUGCGUCCUACGCGUGGCGACCGCGACAGGGCCUUCGGCGACGGCCUGCAAACUCGACAGCGCGGGCGAGAGAGGAAGACGCGUGCGGAAUUUCCCGGCGGCCGCCUUCUCGUGUAUGCCUGCUGCGCGGAAUGCCGGUACACCUCGUUUCUGCGGGAUAUGAGGGCAGUCAAGGUCACCAACAGCCUCCUGGAUGACCUCGGCAAGGCCUUCAUGAAUAAAAAGAUGCUGGCGCUCCUCGACGGCUUGGGCUCUGCGGGCCUCCCGGGUGAGGCCCUGGGCGCAGCUGCGGCGGAGGGCAGACAGGCUGGGAAGCCCCCGUCACCCGCCCUUGCCUCGCCGUCGCAUUCCGACGAGCCGUCGUCUUCUGGUGCCGCCUCGGCCGUUUCGUCCUUCGGUUUGCUCUCGCGGCUUCUGGGCGCGGUGCCCUCGAGGAAACCGGCGACCGCAGAAGACGGCGUGCAAACGGCUCCUGCGCGGGAGGCCGGGGCACUGGCUCUGCGGCUGUCUGGGGAAGAAAAGGCUCCGUGCCUCGAGGACGCGAAAGGACACUUAGGAAGUUUAGACGCCAGGCGAAGGGAUGCGAUGCUUGUGAGCUCGCCUCUCGUCCCGCGGGCAUCGGCUGCUUCGCGCGCACCGCCUCCGUCUCGCUCUUCGCACGCCUCCGCGGCGUCUCGUCGCGCCGUACCUCUCCUGGGGAACGGGCGAGCGCGUGGAGCCGCCGACGCGGGGCGGCGUCUUCGCGAGGCGCCAGGCGAAGGGAGGCAGACGCCGCGAGCAGAAGCCAGGCUCGCCAGCGAAGAGCGGGCGAUGCGGCAGCGAGAGCAACGGGCUAGGCUCUUGCCUCGUGACUGCGCUGAGAGGCCGAGGGAGCCGAGGGAAGAGGGGCGGGGGGCGUGGAACGAGAGCGAAAAAGAAAAGACGGCGCGCCUCCUCAUUCGCGUCGUCUCUGCCGCUGUCGAGGCAGGCCAGGAUGGACACCUGCGGCGCGUCCGGCCUGCUGGCGGAUGUCGAGGCAGCUGUGAAGCGUCCGCCGACGCGCUGGAAGAGGCAUCGUCUCAUUCGUCUGUCGCUCCGAGGGCGGCGCCGAAUUUGGGGUCGCCUCUCUCUGGCUACUUUCUGCUUCACGGCGAAGAGCGGAGGGACGCGCUCCGGGUUUCCCAAGUGUCUGCGUCUGUCUCUCCGUCCUCGUCCUCGUCUUCUUCUCCCUCGUCCUUCGCUUCGUCCAUGAUUUUGCCCUCUGCUGCGCUUCGUCCUUCGGCCGAGUGCGCCAACGAGAGCGAGAGGAAGGGACAGGCAUCCGGCGGCGUUUCUGUCACCUCGCUUCCAGUCUCAGGCGCCUCUAGGGAUGACGCCCCUGGAGCGCUGGCGGUUCAAGUUUUUGCAGAGGAGGAGUGUGUCAGGAGUAACGGCGAGGAGGGAAAAGAGGAGGAAAGCGACGGAGCUGGGCAGCUUUCCCUGUUGGGCGCUGGCGGGCGUUCAGAAGGGCGCACGCAGUUUGUGGAGGCAGGGACCCUUCCAGCGCCGAAAGAGCAAACCCCCUUUACGGCUUCAUUUGUUCCGAGACGCCGGUCGACAGCGGGCUCGCCACAGCCUCGUCCAGCGCCUUCUUCAGAUUCUUCCCCGUUCCCUUCGGCGUUUCUUUCUGAGGCGGUAUGCGAUCUCUCUACUGUGAGUCCCUCUCACGAUGCAGCGACUCUGCCUGCGGCAAGUGCAAGGGACAUGGCAGCGUUCUCUACGUCUCCGUCGCGGUCAGCGUCCUCUCUGGCCUCUCAGCCACGGCGCAACUCCACACCUGGCGCUUUUCCCGCCCGAGGAGGGCAUUCGCCGGCGAAAGCAUCGCCCGCAGAUUUCCUCUCGAGCGGCGGAGGAGGCGAAGCGAGUUGUGGGGUAGAUCCCGCGAGCUCUGCCUCCGCCGCGACGCCUCUAGCAGAUGCGGGCGGCUCUUCGGCGCACGUCUGGGCGGCGUGCCUCCGCGACCAGAUGGCAGAAGGCCGAGCGAAGGAAAAUGAAGAGCAUGACGUGCGACCGGCGGCGUCUCCUAGGCGACUUGCGGCGUCUCCUAGGCGACUUGCGUCGUCUCCCGCCCCCGUUUGGGGUGGGAGGAAUUCUGUGGGUGCUGCGUGGUGUUUUGGCCGCGACGGCGCCUUGCGAGAUUCGUUUUCUUCGUUCUCUCUCUCGCCUUCACCGGCGUCUCUCUGCUUCAUGACAGCUGCAGAGCGUGUGUCCUCUUCGCCCGUCUCUCUCCCCCUGUGCUCUCCGGACUCGCCCGCUCUUCUUGCCUCGGGCCCCGUCUGCCUCGCGGCGGGUUCUGUGGCGCCCAGCAUGCGGUCGGAAACUCGACGCGGGCGUCGCGGCUCGGCGCUCGCAGGGUCGCCGACGUCUCCGCCGGUGUUGCUGCAGCCGACGUUCGCCCAGCCCCCGGGCGGUGCGCCCUUUCUGACGCCCUCGAGUCGCUGCCAGUCAUUUUCUUCCUGUGUUCGUUAUUCGCAGGCUCAGUGGAGCCGCCCAGCGAGGCCGAGUCUGCAGCCUCACAGUGGCGGACGAGCGUCUCUGCGCGAUGAGGAGAGAGAAGGAGCUUUCGUGGUCUCUCGGUCAAACCCUCAGAGGGCCUCUCCGCCUGUGCUGUCUACCGCGUUUGCGCCUGCAGUGUCUUGUACGGUGUUUUCGCGCUCCCCGUCGUCUUCCCCCUCAUUCUUUUCUUCACCGCCGUCGCGCAUCGCGUCCUUCGCUUCGUCCGUGUCCUCUCCCAUGAGUUUUUCGGUGCCUCCGUCCUCCUCAGACCUGCCUUCAUCGCCUGUCGCCGAGCGUCCUCCGGCCUUCCUGUCUCCGCUUGCUGCUUCUUCCUCCAGCUCGGGUCAGUCUUCCGCUUCCUCGUUCCCUCCGCCGUCCUCUUUAGCUCCGCCCGCGCGUUCACCUGCGUUCCCUGCUCCCUCAGCGUCCUACAAGACUUCGCCUGCGCUCUGUGCGGACGCGAAACGCGCAGCGAUAUACAUCUGCGUAGAUAUGCGCGGCGUCGUGGUGCGUGAGCGGCCGUGGGAAGGAUCCUGGCUGCAGACGCUGCCGGCGGCUCGCGCCGUCCUUCCCUUUGCCCUGCUGGACCCCCUCUGGCGCCUUCACUGGAAAAGAAAACGACCCGCGGAGGAGUGCGGCGACGAGCUGUCUCCGAGGCUGGAGGGCCCCCCCAGUCGUGCGCAGGCCAAGCCAGCGGAGCCCGCGGGACGCACUGGCCAAGACGCGCCGGGAGACGCGGCGAAUGAAAGCGCCACACAGACGAGCGAGUUCACUCCUGCAGGGCUGACCGCGAACUCUCCGCAGCACGCGGAGGCAGAGGCGUCUCCAAGCGGAAGCGCUUCAUCUCCUCGAACCCCUGGUAGCCCUCCGUCUGAGGCACAGACUCCGGGCGCCACUGCGGGGGGGCACGGCUCCGGAGUUCCCUCGCCCCGCGGCUGGCGCUCUCCGUCGCCAAUUGGCCGCGAGGCGAGCGACAUGAGCGACAGGACGAAGGAGGCGUUGGAAAUACCGGAUGCAGACGAGAAGGCUGAACGACCAGGCAAAAGAUCUGUCACCUCCACGUCGCCGUCCACGCCGGCGCCCGCGUCUCCAGAGGGGGCGGUUUCGGCCUCGGGAGACCUUCCUCGAGGCUUCUCGAACUGCGAGCGGAUUCCUUCGCGUGUUUCGAGUCUUUUGCCGACCUCUUCGCCUUCUCUCACUUCGUCCUGCAGGCGUCCGCCUUCGUCUGAGUCGCCGUCCUCUGCGUCCUCUGUCUCUCUGGCUCUCGCGGCCGACCGCGCCUUGCAGCCAGCGGCGGAGACGCUCGACUGGGCGUGCGUGUAUGCGCUGAAGGAGCUGCAGCAGGGCGGGCUCGGGCUGAGCGCGGCCUUCGUGGGGGGCUCGCUGAAGGGUCGGUACCUGUUGCUCGCGCUCUCGGAGAUGGAGAAGAGCCGCAGGCGCCUCGCCGACCUGGAGUCGCAGACGCGCAAGGACGUGAAGCACUUCCGCGCCAAGAUCGCCGCGGCGGAAAGAGACAUCUCCAUGCACCGCCGCACACAGCUCGUGCAAGAAAAAAAAUACAGACGGCUGCUCUACGAACAGGAGAAAGCGUACAUCGCCAAGCUCGCCGCCGUUCGCGACCUCGAGCUCCUCAUCAGCGCCGCCGAAGAAGACGGAAAUGGCAGCGUGCGACGACGGGCGGCGGACGCGGCUAGCGAAGGCGCCUGCAAAGGCGAGCACACGCUAGCGGCGACUUCCACCGAGCCGCGCCCAACGAAAGACUGCGUGGCGCAAGAUGCCGUAGCUCCGCGCCCAAGUCCACGUGCGGACGGCAUCAGAGACGCGCAAGGCGAUGAAGGGCGAGUGGUGCAGAAGAAGAUCGCAGCGCGCCGCACCCUUCAGCCCGCCAGCGGCGCGAGGGAGUGUCUGCCUGCGCAAGGCCUGGCGGGUGAGACCGCGAGUGCCUGCAUCCAAGGAGAGGCAGCGAAGGCAGGGGUGCCUGAGACCAGGGAAAGAGAUGGCGGGUUUCGCUCUGCCUUGUCUCGUGUCGCCGGUGGCGAGGGCGUGACGCUUGGAAGCGCGGGUCCCUGGACGCCUCGGCGUGGCUGGAAUCGCCCGGGCGCGAACGGAGACGUCGACUUGGUCACCGCGCGCCUCUCCUGUUCACCGUCUGGGGCGUCCGAGACAGCACGACGGCGAGACGAGUCGUCCUCCGCAGGGCCGCUUUCCCUCUUUUCCUCCCCUGCGAAAACCGUCCGCUCUGUCCUCAGCGCGGCGGCUGGGUGGGGGUCCAAAGUGUUGUCUGUCGGCGGCCUUGCGCCACCGUCUCCUCGAGAAGGAGCGCCUCGAGCGAGCACCGAGGCGGCGAAGCGAGCGGUGAGAGGGCGCGGCCUCGCGGCGUUCAGGCCUGCAUCGGUGAGCGAGGGAGAUGCGCGAGACGAACCCAGUUCAGCAGGGGAAAGGCGAUGCGAGCAGGGAGAUGUGGAGCGCGAGAGGGGAAGGGAGAGGGCGGAGACAGACAGUCGCGAGGAGGGGCGGAGGGCGGACGAAAAUGGAGGCGGAGAGGGGGAGAAGCCGAUGCACGCAGACGCAACGGUUGCGACAAGUGACGAGCGAGUGUGUCUGGAUAUCCAAGGGACGUCGCAGCAGGGAGCGAACUUGGGGGGGUUGGCAAAGCAUGGGUUUGGCGUGAAACUCUACGGGGAUGAAGGCGAAGCGCACGGCGGGAGAGCUGCCUCCCGAGACUUGAGGGAGUCCACUGGGUUACUGAGCUCCCAGUCGGAGCGCAGUGGCUUCCCGUCUCCCCUCACCUGGACGAAGAGAGACGAAUGCAGGGGGAAAGGAGAGAGGAACAGCGCAGCAGCGCGCGAAGGGGACGAAGGAUGGAGAGGCGACGAUGCGGCCCCUGGCCAAGAGCCCGCAGGGAGCGGAAAUGAAGGAGAGAAAAAGACAUAUGCGAGUGUCUUUUCGGCUCUCGGAGGCAUGAGGGCUUCUAGCGAGUCUGCAACGGCGUCGCGCAAAGAGGCGAUUGCCGCAGCCUUGAAGAGGGUUGCGGCCGCUGAGAGAAAAUUGGCGAAGCGGAAGGCUGCCGCCGCCGGGGCGCGCGCGUCCCUCGAGGCCUUCCAGGCGGAAUUGCGAGAUCUCGAGGACAUUAAAGACCGAACGUGCUCCUUUGCCCUCGCCGUCUACUAG